AUAAAAGGGCGCCGGGGACCGCCGCGCCAGCCAGACGCGCUAGGGAGCACCGAGCCGCUCUCUGCCCUCGCUCCCAGCCCUGUAGCCCACGGGACACUGCUCUCCGUCCCCACGCUAGGAGAGAUUUUGCCACCUUUUUUAUCUUUUAUUAAAUUUUUCCCUAUUUUAUUUUCUCCUUCCCGUUCGGUCUUCGCUGCCUGCUAUGGAUUAUUCCCAGAUAUUCGUUUCGCUGCUCUUCGUGCUCUGCCCGGGGCUGCUGCCGGCAGCCCCCGAAGCCGAGGCGAACGCCGCGCCGCCCCCCGCCGCCGCGCACCGCCGAGCCCGGCGCUGCUCCUGCUCUUCGCUGAUGGACGAGGAGUGCGUCUACUUCUGCCACCUCGACAUCAUCUGGAUCAACACCCCCGAGAAGACUGUUCCUUAUGGUCUCGGAGGCCCUUCUCGAUCCAGAAGAUCACUGAAGGACACAGUGCCAGAGAUGCUCACUGAACCUAGCAGCAGAUGCCGAUGUGCCAACCAGAAUGACAAGAAAUGUCUGAACUUCUGCCAGACAGGAAAAGAUCUCUGGGCUCAGUCCACAGUGGAGAAAACCUCACAUCGCCACACCAAAGCUGGCAGUUGUGUUGGAGCCAAAUGCGUGAACCGGCAGCUAGUUGACAGCAAGAAAAUGAAGCGGCUGGAGGCCAUUGGUAACAGCAUCAAAGCUUCCUUCAGCAUUGCAAAACUGAAGGCUGAGCUCCAGAAAGGGCGAAGGCUGAAACAUAACAGGGUGAACAAGAAGCAAAGCAUCUGGGAAAGCCUGAAAGCAUCCUAGUGAAGGAUCAGCUGAAUCUUGCUUCCAUCACGCUUGCUGACAAAGCGUCACUGUAACUCUCAACUUCUAACAUUCCAUGACAGUGAAGGUCCAAGUGUUUGCGCAGCAGAGCAAAACGCUAAGGAAUUCCCAUACUUGGAGGUAUAAAAGCAAAGGAUUUCAUCCUUUUGGAAUUCAGAUGGAUGGGUAGAGGAGGUGGAAGGGGAUUCUAUAGUAACAUACAUGAAAAAUCAUCUUUCUGAAGAAUUAGAGUACUGCUUCUGGAAUGUUUACUCACCAGUGGAGCAGCUUUGAGGGUCUAUAUAUCAAAAGCACCUUGCAAGGAAGACCUCAAAGAUGUGAUUAGAAAGGACAGAAAGCAAGAUCUGAGUGGGCAAACUUCAAAGAGAAAAGCGCGACCUUUUGAUUAAAAUGCAAAAAUGAAAGCCACAGCGCUACUUUAAUCAGGACUUGCUGCAUAUAUACAUGUCUACCUCGCAUACUGUUUGUUGCACUCCCGCUAGAGUAUUUUUACACCUUGUUAUUGCCUUUACUAAUCAUCUGCAACCCUUUGCCUUCUUUUUUUUCAGAAGUCUAGUUCAAUUCUACAACCAGCGUUAUCAGAAUGUGGGUUAGACACAGUGGUUGUUUGCAUAGUCAAAGUCCUUUGGGUUUGGAUACUAAAGGACUCUUGAAUAUAAAAUAAACUUUAAAGGACACUAUGAGGUUUCCUGUAACAAGGAUAUUUGGCUGACUGAAGCUCUUAGAAUAGAGAUUGUUGUGUCUUACAUGCCACCAAAAAUUCACUGAAGUGGUGAUGUACCAGAGACUGCUGGGAGAUCUGUUCAGUGCCUUGUUUGGUGGAAAUGAGUUGAGACAAAGGGUUGUUUUGAAUUAUGUCAAAAGGCUAACAUUGGGUGAAUGUUUAUCGCAGCAGAUUUGUUCACAUUGUUGAAUUUGCUGACAGGUUGAAACUUAUGUGCCUAUUUUUUUUGUGUGUGUUUUGUAUUUAUAUUCACACAAGUUCUUCAUUAUAUUUACCAUGGUAAAUAGACAUUGAAAUAGGCCAUAUUGGUCUAUGCAUGUUUUAUGUAUUUCUGUAUGAAAUUGGAAAAUGCUUUAUGCCUAUCAAGGUAGAUAUCUUCAGAAAUAAAUAUUUU